GGCGGCGAUGACGACGACGGCGGCGACGACGACGACGCCGACGUCGCCGGAAAACAAAAGGAUAUCGGUCGCGUCAAAUACCCGAGCCUGUUCGUAGUAGCGGCGUGCAUCAGCGUUAGUUGUAGUAAUCGUAGUAACCGUAGUACACGUCGCGGACUAAUCCUGUCGGUCUGCACGUCGUGAACAUCCAGUGAAAGAGCUCACCGAGGCACAGCAACCGAGAAAGACGAGGACGCAGUGCGGGAAACGGAGGAAAGGGAAAGAGCUGGUGAAGAAUCGAGUACCGCGAUCACACGCAGGUAGGUCCAUCCAGAGGGAGGCAUCGGCAAGGAGCCGCUCCUCAUCGCCGCCGUUCCAGCAUGACCCAGCCUUAAUACGGCUCUCCUGUCGUACACCCUCCGCGGCGCGACACGAUACGACACGUAGAAGAAGAAGGUGGUGGAGUCGGAGGUGGUGCUGGCGGCGGAGGAGAAAGAAGGGGCGGCGGAGGGGACCAGAAAGAGGGUGGAGGACGCCGAGAAGGACGGAGAAGAAGAAGAAGAAGGUGGCGAAGGAGGAGGAGGACGGAGGCCUCGCUAACGACGGCGAACGUCCUCGAGGGUGCGAACCACCAACAGCAGCACCACCGCCGACGACGACGAUGAUCGUGACGGGCAGCGAUCGGCGUACAUGUUGGAGGCGGAGGCGCCGAUUGGCGUUGGUGACUUUGCUCUCCGCGGUUUUGGCCUUCGCGAUAGGCCCCUCCUCGUCUUCGGGCCACAGGCCGGCGCCGAACAACCCGAUCACAUUUCACACCACCACAAGCAGCACAGCCAUGCCCUCGCGGUUGAGCAACGGUACCAGCGUGUACGACAGCAGGAAUAACGUGAAUGGUGUUAACAUUGUGGGUUUCGAGCACAAUAGAACUAGCGAGAACGAUACGGACAUCAAGAGACCGCUCUUUCCCGAAGAUCUGUUCACCAAUGAUCAGCGGCGCCGUGGUGCUGUGAUACUUCACAUACUCGGCGUGGUGUACAUGUUCGUCGCGCUAGCGAUCGUUUGCGACGAGUUCUUCGUACCGUCGUUGGACGUGAUUAUCGAGAAACUCGAGAUCGCCGACGACGUGGCCGGUGCCACCUUCAUGGCGGCCGGUGGAUCGGCGCCCGAACUCUUCACAUCGGUCAUAGGCGUGUUCGUGUCAUUUGACGAUGUCGGUAUCGGCACUAUCGUCGGUUCCGCCGUCUUCAACAUCCUCUUCGUGAUCGGCAUGUGCGCUAUAUUCUCGCGUACAGUGCUGUCGCUCACAUGGUGGCCUCUAUUUCGUGACUGCACUUUCUACAGCGCCAGUUUGCUCACCCUGAUCUACUUCUUCCGCGACAGUUACAUAUACUGGUACGAGGCGCUCGUGCUUUUUGGAUUCUACUUGGCAUAUGUGAGCUUCAUGAAGUGGAACCAGCCAAUGGAGAAAUUAGUCAAAAGGGUACUCUACAGAAACAAGGUGACCCGGGUCAGGUCUACCGAUCAGCUGAUGCCCUCGCACCAGAGCGCCGCCCAGGCAUUGCAGCAUCCGAACGCGAUCAACAGUAGCGAGACGAGCGUGGGCGGUGCGUCGGGUGCGUGCGGAAGCAUUCCGGCACCCGGGGAGGCCGGAUGCAGCAGCAGGGGUGGCAGCAGCAGCGGCGCCGGUGGCGGUGGCGGCGGCGGCAGUGGCACAGGCGCCGGACAAGGAUGCGAGCAGGCCCAUCAUGGGGGCCCGUCCUCUCACUCACGGGAGAGCCACGCAAAAUUCCGUCACGGCCUGCUACAGCUUAUGAUCCACACG